CUGCAUUUUAGACCCUCCUUGCCUGCUCCUGUCAGCCAACCUCGAAGUCAUAAUCCUCCUCAGUCAGGCAGCAGCCAUCGCACGUAUUGUCACUUUCAAUUCGCUUGUGCGCCAUUCCUGUCGUCUCCGACCCGAAUCAAGCUUCAUGGGUGUCGCGAAGACGCUGACGGCGAUAUCGACGGCGCUGGUCGUGCUGCUGUCGCUAGUGCUCAUCGGAACGGGGCUAUGGAUGACAUUCAAAGCGGGUGCCACAGAGUGCGUGCAGUUCCUGCGCAUGCCGCUACUCGUGGUGGGCGGCGUCCUGUGCGUCGUGGCUCUCGCCGGAUUCAUCGGCGCCGUCAACGACAUCACGUGGCUACUUUUCAUCUACCUCGCUGUAGUUUUCCUCGCUAUAUGGGUGCUCCUCGGAGUCACCGCCUUCUCAUUCGUGGUGACGAAUCAGAGCGCGGCGGACGCGGUAUCGAACAAGGCGAUCGGGUCGUGGCGGACGACGGACUUCUCCUCGUGGCUGCAGACGCUGGUCACGGAGCAGGCCAAGUGGGCACCCAUCCAGGCGUGCCUCGCCGCGGGCAACACGUGCGCCGUGCUCAACCAGAACAUCACGUUUGCGUCGUCCACGCUCUCCGCCAUUCAGGCUGGCUGCUGCUACCCCCCCCAGUCCUGCCCAUCCGCGCCCCUCUCCGCCACCUCCCGCGUGGCCCUCCCCGCCAAUGCCUCUGCUGACGCAGCCGCCGCAGCUCUCGCUUCCGCAGUCAACUCCACGGGUCUGUCUAAUUUGGCCGGCAAUUCCACCGGCGACUGCCUGCUGUACGGCAGCGAGGUGAGCAGGCUGUGCUACGAGUGCGACACGUGCAAGGCGGGGUUCCUGAAGACGCUGCGCGACCAGUGGCGCAUGGUGGCGUUCGUGUGCCUGGGCGUCUCGCUGCUGCUGCUCGUCGUCUACAUCUUCGGCUGCUGCGCCUACCGCAGCGCCAAGCGCCGAGAAGGCUUCUUCGGGAAGGUGUAACACGACGAUGAAGGCACUCCAGGAAGGCGUGACGCGACGAGGUUGCAGGGGUGAAGUAACAGACAGGAGGCAACAAGCGGGGAGUAUUCUCUCUGAUAAGAUGAGAGUUUGGUUUGGAGUGUGCAAAUAAAGAGGGUAGGGGCUUGGGGAGGGCACCCAGGAGUGGUGACGGAGGCACCAGAUCGAUGCCUCCAAUAAAUGGCCCUCCCUCCCUCACAAGUCACGUCACACCACAGGGUAUCACACCACUGCCCCUUGUACCACGACGGCAUACAACCUUGAUUCCUUAGGCCCCAGGCUUGUCAGCCUGCCUAAAAUCUCCUAAAGGCAUAUGAGAUGUAUU